AUGACCAAUGCUUCGGUCUCAUCGGCUAGGGUGCGGCCUCUGCCAGUUCCGCCACCCGCUGCCGUGCCACCGACUCGAGUGAGGCCCGUUCCUGUGGCGCCACCUCCCGUGUCAUUGGUCCGGAUUUUCCCUGUGCCACCGCCUCCGGAAUCAUCAGCAGCGCAACCUCCGGCAUCUUCUGCGAAGACACGAACAGUGUUUGGAAUUCCUCCUCCAGGUCGAAGAUCAGUAGCAUCCGCAAAACCCCCGGAGGCGAAGAAAACCGAACAGGAAGUGAGGAGACAGCAGGUGCCUUCAAGGCAUAACGAUCAGGCGAAGAACGGCAGAAAGCCAGUGACCAAAUUUAUAGGUUCCUGCAAGGACAUCGACUCUCUUUUGAAGUACGGUAGCGACGAAGAGCCGGAGACAUUUGAACAGUUCGAAGACCAGUUCGAGAAAGGCGUGGCCAAAAAAUCAUCGCCCCUUCCCAUGCAGUCCAAGAAGCACUCUCCAGGGGACAGAGUGAAACACUUCAUUGGAAAAUUUCAAGACAUUGACGAUAUGUUGGGUGCAGCAGCUAUGCCCGUUUUCCCACUAAGCCCCAGUGAUCGCAGCCCAUUCGAACGGUCAUUCGCCGACAGCUGGGCAAAAAAGCCGCAACAGGAGGACAGUGACUCCUCGGGUGAUUCGUCUCUCGAAGAGGUCAAGGUGUCCUCAGUGAAGGUACACGAAUCUAAGCAAGCAAUACGGCCUCGACUUGACGCAUACACCGAAGAGAUCGACUCCAGUGCAGUCCGUAUCAGGGAGCCCAAAGUGAUGCAGGGACAGAUUACAAAAAGACCAACGAGAAAGGUAAGGAGCACCUAUCUCACUUAA